UCCCUCCCCCUUCCUUUAGUGAGUGGUGAUGUCACUGUCCCACUUGUACCGGGACGGGGAAGGCCACAUGGAGGAGGACGAGGACGAACACGAGAACUUCGAGAUCACCGACUGGGACCUGCAGAAUGAGUUCAACCCCAACCGGCAGCGCCACUGGCAGACCAAGGAAGAGGCGACCUACGGCGUGUGGGCUGAGCGGGACUCCGAUGACGAGCGGCCCAGCUUCGGAGGCAAACGGGCCCGGGACUACUCCGCGCCAGUCAACUUCAUCAGCGCGGGGCUCAAGAAGGGGGCGGCCGAGGAGGCGGAGCUGGAGGAUUCCGAUGACGAGGAGAGGCCCGUGAAGCAGGAUGACUUCCCGAAGGAUUUCAGACCAAAGAAGUUAAAAACGGGGGGCAAUUUUAAACCCAGCCAGAAAGGCUUUGCAGGAGGCGCCAAGUCUUUUAUGGACUUUGGCAGCUGGGAAAGACACACGAAAGGAAUCGGACAGAAGCUUCUGCAGAAGAUGGGCUACGUGCCGGGCCGGGGCCUCGGGAAGAACGCGCAAGGUAUCAUCAACCCCAUCGAAGCCAAACAGAGGAAGGGGAAAGGCGCCGUGGGCGCGUACGGCUCGGAGCGCACCCCACAGUCCCUGCAGGACUUCCCCGUGGUGGACUCGGAGGAGGAGGCCGAAGAGGAGUUCCAGAAGGAGCUGAGCCAGUGGAGGAAGGACCCCAGCGGAAGCAAGAAGAAGCCCAAGUACUCGUACAAGACCGUGGAGGAGCUGAAGGCCAAGGGCAGGAUUAGCAAGAAGCUCGCCGCUCCCCAGAAGGAGCUUUCACAGGUCAAGGUCAUAGACAUGACGGGCCGGGAGCAGAAGGUCUAUUACAGCUACAGCCAGAUCAGCCACAAACACAGCGUCCCGGACGACGGGCUGCCGCCGCAGUCCCAGCAGCCGCCCCCAGGCGGCAGGGAGGCCAAGGCACCGGGCUUCGUGCUGCCCGAGCUCGAGCACAACCUGCAGCUGCUCAUCGACCUCACGGAGCAGGAGAUCAUCCAGAACGACCGGCAGCUGCAGUACGAGCGGGACAUGGUGGUCAACCUGUCACACGAGCUGGAGAAGACCACCGAGGUGCUGGACCACGAGGAGCGGGUCAUCUCCAACCUCAGCAAGGUCCUGGACAUGGUGGAGGAGUGCGAGCGCCGCAUGCAGCCCGGCUGCAGCGACCCCCUCAGCCUGGACGAGUGCGCCCGCGUGUUCGAGACCCUGCAGGACAAGUACUACGAGGAGUACCGCAUGUCCGACCGCGUGGACCUGGCCGUGGCCAUUGUUUACCCGCUCAUGAAGGACUACUUCAAGGACUGGGACCCCCUCAAAGACUGCACGUACGGCACUGAGAUAAUUUCCAGGUGGAAAACUCUGCUGGAGAACGGCCAGAUCCUAUCCCACGGCGGCCAGGACCUGUCGGCAGACGCCUUCCACAGGCUGAUUUGGGAGGUCUGGAUGCCUUUCGUCCGGACCAUCAUCGCCCAGUGGCAGCCGAGGAACUGUGACCCGAUGGUGGACUUCCUGGACAGCUGGGUGAACAUCAUCCCCGUGUGGAUCUCGGACAACAUCCUGGACCAGCUCAUCUUCCCCAAGCUGCAGAAGGAGGUGGAAAACUGGAACCCGCUGACGGACACCGUGCCCAUCCACUCGUGGAUCCACCCGUGGCUGCCGCUGAUGCAGGCGCGCCUGGAGCCGCUCUACUCCCCCAUCCGCAGCAAGCUGGCCAGCGCCCUGCAGAAGUGGCACCCCAGCGACUCCUCGGCCAAGCUCAUCCUCCAGCCCUGGAAGGAUGUCUUCACCCCGGGCUCCUGGGAAGCAUUCAUGGUCAAGAACAUCGUGCCCAAGCUGGGGAUGUGUCUGGGGGAGCUGGUCAUCAACCUGCACCAGCAGCACAUGGGCGCCUUCUACUGGGUCAUCGACUGGGAGGGGAUGAUCUCCGUGUCCAGCCUGGUGGGCCUUCUCGAGAAGCACUUCUUCCCCAAGUGGCUUCAGGUCCUGUGCUCCUGGCUCAGUAACAGCCCCAACUACGAGGAGAUCACCAAGUGGUACCUGGGCUGGAAAUCCAUGUUCUCGGACCAAGUGCUGGCCCACCCGUCCGUCAAGGACAAAUUCAACGAGGCACUUGACAUCAUGAACCGGGCCGUGUCCUCCAAUGUCGGUGCCUACAUGCAGCCUGGGGCGCGGGAGAACAUCGCCUACCUCACGCACACAGAGCGCAGGAAGGACUUCCAGUACGAGGCCAUGCAGGAGCGGCGCGAGGCCGAGAACAUGGCCCAGAGGGGCAUCGGCGUGGCCGCCAGCUCGGUGCCCAUGAACUUCAAGGACCUGAUCCAGACCAAGGCGGAGGAGCACAACAUCGUCUUCAUGCCCGUCAUCGGGAAGCGGCACGAGGGCAAGCAGCUGUACACCUUCGGCUGCAUCGUCAUCUACAUCGACCGGGGCGUGGUGUUCGUCCAGGGUGAGAAGACGUGGGUGCCCACCUCCCUGCAGAGCCUCAUCGACAUGGCCAAAUAGACCGUGGGGCCCAGG